UCUCUCUCUCAUCUUACCUUUUACCUCUCUAUCUAAGCCCCUCUCUGUGCUUCUGCUUUUCAACAUUCAAAAGCUCAGUUGGUGGCGCUGAAUGUAAGGUCUUCCAUGGAAACUAACUACCACUUACAGGAACAAGACAAUCACCGAGUCGACUCGGUCCUCGAAUUACCCUCCUCGAGUUCCGCCGCCUCGUCGAUACUCGGUAGUGACGACGUUCGGAGCAGCUCCAGCUCCGGCGACAUCUCCGCCACCAGCAGCAGCAGCAGCUCGGGGGAUAUUCCGGCCACCUUAGUGGCGCCGCUGCCGCUGGUGGGGACGCCGGCGCCGGACCUGAUGGCGGCGGAGGAGGCGACGGCGCCGCCGAGGCAGAAGUGCGUGGGGAGGAAGAACAAGGGAGUGACGUGGGGGUUCAGUUCGGUGAUCGGGAGGCGGAGGGAGAUGGAGGACGCCGUUGCCGUCGUGCCGGGGUUCAUGACGCGCACGUGCGAUCACGUGGGAGGGUGCACCGGCCCCGGUUCUCAAAUCUCUGGAGAGAUCUCGCCCGUCCAUUUCUUUGGCGUCUAUGAUGGGCAUGGUGGCUCUCAGGUGGCUAACUUUUGUGCGGAGCGUAUGCACAAAGUGAUAGCAGAGGAGUGGGACAGAGAAACAGUUGACGGAUUUGAAUGGCGCCAGAGGUGGGAAGCAACAUUCUCUAGUAGUUUUGAGAGGGCUGACAAUGAGGUAGUGACAGAGGCAUUGGCACCAGAAAUGGUUGGAUCAACGGCUGUUGUGGUGGUUCUAUCAGGUUGCCAAAUUAUUACAUCCAAUUGUGGUGACUCAAGGGUAGUGCUUUGCCGAGGGACUGAAACAAUCCCCUUGACUGUUGAUCAGAAGCCUGAUAGAGAAGACGAACUCAUGAGGAUUGAAAGUGCGGGAGGGAAAGUUAUAAACUGGAAUGGCGCAAGGGUGCUUGGUGUUCUUGCCAUGUCCAGAGCUAUAGGUGACAGGUUUUUGAGGCCAUGGGUUGUUCCUGUUCCUGAAAUCUCUUUCACAACAAGGAGCGAUGAGGAUGAGUGUCUAAUAUUGGCAAGUGAUGGUCUUUGGGAUGUCAUGUCAAACGAAGAUGUUGGAGAGGUGGCUAGACGCCUCUUAAGGAGACGGCGCAGAUGCAUGAUGGAUGAUGAGAUUCCCGCAGCACAAGCAGUCGCUGAUAGUCUCACUGAAAUAGCUUUUGGGAGAAACAGUUCUGACAACAUUUCUGUCAUUGUUGUUGAUUUAAAAUCGAAGAGAAAGCGUCAGCAAAGGCAAUAGGAAAGGGAGUAAAAAUUCAUUCACUCUUUCUGUUUCUAUUCCCCGAAAAUCCAACUCAACUCUAUCCCCUCAUGAAGGUCAGAGAUAAGAAAGGCAGGACUGGUCUAGAACUGACAUGAAUAGAACUGACUGGCAUUAUACUCCUGCUUGGUAACAACCAGGAACUGGUCUGUUACUGUGGUGGCAUAACACUAGAUCAAUCCCUAAUUUGAGUUGGUUUGGUCAACAAAAGUCUAAAUGCUAAAGGAAAUCGAAUGGGGAUGGGAAUAUGGAGGCUGUUUCUUUCAAUUUCUAAGAAUAUUACUUAUCAUUCAACCCCAGUGAUAGGGAACAUUAUGAGCCGAAGGGAAAAUGCAAAUUUUAAAGCAUCUGGAUCCAUGGAGAUAUGAAAUUAGGCCUUUUUUAGUUGUGCUCUUUUAUAUUAUGUAUGUGUGUGUAUAUAUGACUCUGGAAAUUUUAACCAAUGAUAUGGAUGUUGAUUUUCUCGAAUACAUCUCAAAAAAAAAGAAAAAAAGAAAAAAAAAAAAAAGAAUUGGAGCCUUGUGUAAACAAGUGCUCAUGGAAGAAAUAAAACCGACGGCCAUUCUCGUUUUUUGAGUUUAUAUUUUGGAUGAAUUUAAAGCAACGGUUUGCGCAGAUCGUGUUCACUAAUAGUUAAGUAUGGCUGGAAGAAUGUAGAAACAUGUACAACAACAAUUUGUGUUGAAAAUUGAAUCUAUUAUUAGUCUUU